AACCUCUUCCCCUUCCUUCUUCUUCCUUCCUUCAGUCAUUUUGGUUUAGGGUUUCGAGAAUUUGUUUCAAUUUAGGUUCUCAUUCUGGUUACCCUGUUCUAAGAUCCUGUCUUUUUAAGGAAGGGAAGAAAACCCAGAUCUAAUUUCUCUGUUUUAACCUCUUUCUUAAUGUAUCUGUAUCAAAUUGACUGAUGUCUGCUGUUCUAAGUGAAGUUCUAUUGUCUGGGUUUAUGAUAAAUUCAUCUCUCCGACGAAGAACUCAUCUUGUUCAAUCUUUCUCUGUUGUUUUCCUCCACUGGUUUUACGCUUUUUUAUGAACAACCAACUCAUUUAAUUUGUUUUUACUACAAUCAAAUCAGUAAAUUAAAGAAGAAAAAGAAAAAAAAGAUUCAAUUUUUAUUAUGUCUUGUUCAAGUGGGAAUUCGUCAGGAAGAUCUGUUCUUACGGAGGAUGCGAGAAAGAGGAAGAGAAUGGAGUCGAAUCGUGACUCGGCUCGGCGAUCUAGGUUGAGGAAGCAAAAGCAUGUUGACGAUCUGACGACUCAGAUUGAUCUACUGCUGAAGGAGAAAACCCAGAUCGUGUCUGGUAUGAACGUGACGAAUCAGAGUUACAUCGCUGUUGAAUCGCAGAACUCGGUGCUCAGAGCUCAGAAGAAUGAGUUGACUCAGCGAUUGCAAUCUUUGAAUGAGAUCCUGAGUUUCGUUAACAUGGGGAAUGGUUUUGUAGAUGAUUUUCAAACAAUGAAUUUCAUGAUGAUGGGUAAUAAUAAUAUGUAUCUGAUGAACCAACAGAAGCCAAUAAUGGCUUCCUCUGAUAUGUUUCAGUAUUAUUAGGGUCUGUUUGGUUGUGGGGUAAAAUAAAGUUAGGUUUUAUGGGUUAUUAUUUGUUUGGUAGAUAAUUGCAAUGGGUUAUUAUGUUUAGUUGUGAACUGUCUGGUGACGAAAUGUACUAUUUAAUUCCAAUUUUAAUAAAUUAUUAUUUGGUGUCUUCUCGUGUUUAAUGAAAGCCUUUUUAACAAUUUUGGGUCAA